AGUCCCAGCGGUGUCCUCCCUCAGCUGCUGUCCCUGGACUCGUAUCUUCCGGGUUUCUCUGACGAUCUAAAGCGAUUGGACAAGCUUCCGUCCAGAGACUGUAACUCCGCCUCCGUCUUUUACGUUAGAGCAGGACAGAGGACAGCUGCUGAGAUCCUGAAGAACGUGGAGUCCAGCAGCAGCAUCCCGUCUCACUUCCUGGACUUCCUGUCGUCUCUCGGUUGGCCGGUGGAGGUGGGGCGGCGACAGGGAGGCGGAGUCAGCACCAACAGCUUAGAAUUCCUUGCUGUUCUGGGGGACAGCGGCGGUGGCGUGUUUGACGGCGAGAGGUACGUCCUAAUGUUCGCCAACGCCCUGACGGAGGUGACCUUCAUCGUCCCCUCACCGCCCCGCGACGCCCUGACGGAGAUGACCUUCACCGCCCCCCCACCGCCCCGCGACGCCCUGACGGAGGUGACCUUCACGCCCCCCCCACCGCCCCAUGACGCCCUGACGGAGGUGACCUUCACCGCCCCCCCGCCGCCACACG